AUUUACUACCUGUGCUGUUUUUCCAAUUACAUCCAUUGCCAUAUAAAAUUUCAGAAAAAGGGCUGCUGUCUGACACUAAGCCGACUAUUUUCUUAGCUUAUUCAGGACUGACACGGGGGCGGGGGCAUCAAGGAGAAAUAACAAGUCAAAGGGCCUAACUGUCCUUAGAGAGAACUCGCGAGUGUAUGAACAAAGAGAAGUGCUUCCCAGUCAGGACGUGGGGAGAUUCUGCAAAGUGAAAAGUCCACUCCCGGCCGACCUAAGUGAACGCAUCCGUCGGUGCCUCGCCGGUCUGGGGUGAACGCGACCGAGGGGGAAUCCGAAACCAGACAGACAGCAGCCGGCUGGCAGGGGAAGGAACUCGUGUCUGAGAUCUCCCGGGCAGUCACCAGCCAACGCGUUUGCUCUGUAACCUACGAACGUUCAAUUUGGAAAGGUUGCAGAGCAGGCGAGCAGGGGGAGGGGAAGCCCUCCGUACUUCGGCGCGAAGGGGAACUCCGGUUGACUGGCUGAGUAGGACUCGAGGACCUGCUCUGUUUGAACUGUGCUGACGGGCAGGAGGAUGGGAGACAGGGAUUGAGUGUCACAGAGGAAGGACAGGGGAGUCUGGCGUCUCAUUGAUGUUGAACCAUCCUUGAAGCCCAGGAACAAAUCCCACUUGGCCGUGGUGAAUAAUCCUUUAAUGUACUGUUGGAUCCUAUUGAUGAGGAAACUGAAGCCAAAACUUGCCCAAUACCUUACAUUUAACAUAUGGGAACCUAGGAUUUAAACCCAGGAAAGAUUUACAGAGAACCUACAAGUAAAGAGCUGUUGAAGAACUCAGAUUAAAGUAGAAGAAACAGAUCAAUAAACAAAAAUUGCAUCAUACUUCUUGCAAUAGAGGUGACCUUCAAGGAUUGUGAUUUAGUGCCAUUCAAGAUCUACUAGCAUCACUUUUGCAUGACUACUGCAAAAAGAUAUCUUUAUAGAAAUCAGUUCUUUUUUGAAGUUUAUAACGUGGACCCUGUUUUCAGAAAGCAGGACAUUCUUUAAUGAGAAACUGCUAAACACACUGAGACACGAGAUAUCCUAAUAACCAAGGAUGGCUUCCUCUUGGAAAUUAAUUCUGUUGCUGUCAGUAGCUGGGUGUCUUUCAGAAUAUUCUGGAGCUCUUCCUAAUUUCCCUACUUCAUAUGCUGCUUUGCUAAGAAUUAAAAAGAGUUCAUCUUCAUCCCUCUUUGGUUCAAAGAUCAGACCGCGAUACAGUAAUCCUUUAUUAGGAACCCUGAGUGUUUCUUCACCAAGUUGGCGAGGAGCAACUCAACAUUAUUAUUCCCCCAUCAAUCUUUAUCAUUCCUCAGAUGCCUUCAAACAAGAUGAAAGUGUGGACUAUGGGCCAGUGUUUGUACAAGAACCAGAUGAUAUAAUUUUCCCGACUGAUUCUGAUGAAAAGAAAGUAGCAUUGAAUUGUGAAGCUCGUGGCAACCCAGUUUCCAGUUACAGAUGGCUUCGAAAUGGAACAGAAAUAGAUUUGGAAAGUGAUUAUCGCUACAGUUUGAUAGACGGGACCCUCAUUAUAAGCAAUCCAAGUGAGGCAAAGGAUUCUGGUCAUUAUCAGUGUUUGGCAGCCAAUACUUUUGGAAGUAUUCUUAGUAGAGAAGCCAUACUUCAAUUUGCCUAUCUGGGAAAUUUUAGUGGCCGGACAAGAAGUGCAGUCUCGGUGAGGGAAGGCCAGGGGGUUGUUCUGAUGUGCUCUCCUCCGCCUCAUUCUCCAGAGAUCAUCUAUAGCUGGGUAUUUAAUGAGUUCCCUUCCUUUGUGGCGGAGGACAGCCGGCGGUUCAUUUCCCAGGAGACAGGCAACCUUUAUAUUUCUAAAGUCCAAUCAUCAGAUGUUGGCAGCUAUAUUUGUCUGGUGAAAAACACAGUGACAAACGCUCGAGUACUUAGUCCUCCAACACCACUCACUCUACGUAAUGAUGGUGUGAUGGGAGAAUAUGAGCCGAAAAUUGAGGUCCAUUUUCCUUUCACAGUUACAGCUGCUAAGGGAACAACUGUUAAGAUGGAAUGCUUUGCACUUGGCAACCCAGUUCCAACAAUCACAUGGAUGAAGGUUAAUGGUUAUAUUCCUAGUAAGGCACGUCUGCGGAAGUCUCAGGCAGUGCUGGAAAUACCCAACGUGCAGCUGGAUGAUGCAGGCCUAUAUGAGUGCAGAGCUGAAAACUCACGUGGAAAAAAUUCCUUUCGUGGACAAUUACAAGUGUACACUUAUCCACACUGGGUGGAAAAACUGAAUGACACUCAGCUGGACAGUGGGAGCCCUCUCCGAUGGGAAUGUAAGGCUACUGGAAAACCCCGACCCACAUACCGUUGGCUGAAGAAUGGGGUGCCUCUUUUGCCUCAGAAUAGGAUUGAGAUGGUUAAUGGAUUAUUGAUGAUCCACAAUGUGAAUCAGUCAGAUGCUGGAAUGUAUCAGUGUUUGGCCGAAAAUAAAUAUGGAGUCAUUUAUGCGAGUGCUGAGCUGAAGAUUCUAGCUUCAGCUCCUACUUUUGCACUGAAUCAACUGAAGAAAACAAUAAUUGUUACCAAAGGCCAAGAAGUCAUCAUCGAGUGCAAACCCCAAGGCUCUCCAAAACCAACCAUCUCUUGGAAGAAGGGAGAUAAAGCAGUGAGAGAGAAUAAAAGAAUAGCUAUUCUUCCAGACGGAAGUCUACGGAUCCUAAAUGCUUCUAAAUCAGAUGAGGGAAAGUACGUUUGCCAAGGGGAAAAUGUCUUUGGUUCUGCUGAAAUCAUAGCCUCAGUAUCUGUAAAAGAACCUACAAGAAUAGAACUUACUCCUAAAAGAACAGAAUUAACAGUGGGAGAAAGCAUUGUCCUUAAUUGCAAAGCAAUUCACGAUGCUAGUUUGGAUGUCACUUUCUACUGGACACUAAAAGGACAGCCUAUUGAUUUCGAGAAAGAAGGUGGACAUUUUGAAAGCAUCAGGGCCCAAGCAUCCUCUGCAGAUUUAAUGAUCAGGAACAUCCUUCUGAUGCAUGCUGGGAGAUAUGGCUGCAGGGUACAGACCACAGCAGACAGUGUGUCAGAUGAGGCAGAACUUCUGGUUAGGGGUCCCCCAGGACCACCAGGGGUAGUGAUUGUUGAGGAAAUCACCGAAAGCACAGCCACACUCUCCUGGAGUCCUGCAGCUGACAACCACAGCCCAAUCUCCUCCUACAACCUGCAGGCUCGAAGCCCAUUCUCCCUGGGCUGGCAAACAGUAAAAACAAUCCCAGAAAUCAUAACAGGGGACAUGGAGUCAGCCAUGGCAGUGGACCUUAACCCUUGGGUGGAAUAUGAAUUUAGAGUGGUGGCCACCAAUCCAAUUGGGACUGGAGAUCCAAGCACCCCAUCUCGAAUGAUCCGCACAAAUGAAGCAGUUCCAAAGACAGCACCCACCAAUGUAAGUGGAAGAAGUGGAAGAAGGCAUGAGCUAGUCAUAGCCUGGGAGCCAGUAUCUGAAGAGUUUCAGAAUGGGGAAGGCUUUGGCUAUAUUGUGGCUUUCAGGCCCAAUGGAACACGUGGCUGGAAGGAAAAAAUGGUGACAUCCUCUGAAGCUUCAAAAUUCAUUUAUCGAGAUGAAAGUGUUCCUCCUCUCACUCCCUUUGAAGUGAAGGUUGGCGUUUAUAACAAUAAAGGAGAUGGACCUUUCAGUCAGAUUGUGGUUAUCUGCUCAGCUGAAGGAGAACCCAGUGCUGCUCCCACAGAUGUCAAGGCUACAAGUGUGUCUGUGUCAGAGAUUCUUGUUGCAUGGAAACAUAUUAAAGAGAGUCUAGGAAGACCACAGGGAUUUGAGGUUGGUUAUCGGAAAGACAUGGAACAAGAAGAUGCUGCAGAAACAGUCAAAACUAGAGGGAAUGAAUCCUCUGUCAUUCUGACAGGAUUAGAAGGAAAUACUUUAUAUCACUUCACAGUGAGGGCUUAUAAUGGAGCUGGAUAUGGGCCACCUAGCAGUGAAGUGAGUGCAACCACCAAGAAAUCCCCCCCUAGUCAAGCACCCAGCAAUCUCAGGUGGGAACAGCAAGGCUCUCAGCUUUCUCUGGGCUGGGAACCAGUCAGACCAUUAGCCAAUGAAUCUGAAGUCAUGGGCUACAAGGUUUUUUAUAGGCAAGAGGGGCGCAGCAACAGUCAAGUUAUCGAAACACAGAAACCUCAAGCAGUAGUACCACUGCCGGAUGCUGGAGUCUAUAUUAUUGAAGUUCGAGCAUACAGUGAAGGAGGGGAUGGGACAGCUAGUUCCCAAAUCAGGGUACCAUCCUAUUCAGGUGGGAAAAUCACUAGUGCCCAGUCGACCCUCCACACACUCUCCCCAUCUUCAUCAUCGGUAACAUUGCUCUUGGCAUUGAUGAUUCCUUCAACCUCUUGGUGAAAACUGCAGACUUACCUUGCUUUGCUUUGCUUUAGCUUGAAAAUAGCGGUGAAUAGAAUGUAGUGUAAGUGGAGACCCAGGACCCUGAGAUGAGCUUUAAAAAUUUGGGACUACACAUGGUGCACUUACAGGAGGCUGGGGGGAAUAUUACUUAUCCAUCAGGUUUCUCUUUGGUUUUGUAAAUGGAGAGGACAGUUCUUGUUCCAAUAAAAUAUGCAGAUUGUAUGUAAUGAAUUUUUUGUAAGCAAAGGUAAUUUCUGUCAAAUGUAUUCUUUACUUUUUUAAUAUGUUGGAAUUUGAUUUUAUAUAUGAUGACCCUGAGUGUGUGCCAUCCAUUUGUUAAGUAAGUGGUCUCUAGCAGAUCAUUUCAAACACAAAUACAAAACUGAGAAUGAAAAGUUUGCUAAAGAUUCUGAGUCUACUGUUUUUCAUUUUCCCUUUGGCUAAGUAUCCGAAUUAACAGGCUGGUAGAAGAUAUGAAAAAAAAUACUUCAGUUGUGUGAUCCAUUAUAGAAUAAGUACACAAAAGUUUUUUUUGAAAAAUAUUGUGUUAUUGCAUAGUGAAAUAGCAAAAUUUGUCUAUAUGCUAUUCUAUAUGUAUCCCUAGAGCAAGUUAUUAGGGUAGGGAAUAAGCCAUUCACAUUAGUGCAAGGUAAAUAGAGAGUCCAGAUGAAUUUAAGUGCUAUUGUUUUUCAUUAAUUACUAUGUUAUCUAGCUGCAAAUAUAAUAAAUGUUUAUUUUUAAUAACAAAAGAUUAAAGUCACAAAAAAAAUAUGGUCACUAAAAACUGCAGUCACUGAUAUGCUGCGAAGGGUGCUAACUUGAAAACAAAAUGAAUACAGGACAGAGCUUUCCCAUUUUCCCACCUACUGCCAAAAUAGAUGUUGAAUUAAGUUCAUGGUUUUCUCCUAAUUGGCAACAAUUUUAAGGACAAUUAAAAUCUAUUGUGCAAAUAAUUAUGCAUACAUAUAUAGUCUGUGAAUUAAAAUGUUUCAAGCAUAACAAAUGAAUUUUGAUUUUUUAAACACGUCCAUGCAUCACAUACCACUUGUAAAAUGUUACCAACUAUUAAAAUAAAAAGGACCUCUUGAAUAAAUUGAUUUUUUAAUUAAGUUAUGGAAACAUGGCCUCAGUACAGGGCCUCAGCUAGUCUAACUAGCCAUACACUCCUUGGGAAAUGUUCCCCAUUUGCUAUUUUGGAGAGUCACCAUGAACCAAAGUGACUCGAGACAGUUGGAUACUGGAGUGAAAGUUUUCUGCUUGAUGAUAUAUAGAAGUUCCACCUGCCACAGUUCACAUAACACCCAAGAAGGAUGCCUGAAGGGAUAGUUAUUGCAAAGCCAAAUGCCAGAAAAGAGCUUGGAGAAACUAGUUUUACAGAUGAUAUUAAUAUGGAAACAAAAAGUAGUUUCUUUUCUUUUCUAAAACCUAAGCCUGUUAAUUCUGUUUGGAGCAUCCUUAACAGCAAGCAAAAUGAAACAAUAUUUAGCUCACACUGUUGGCUCUAGAGGUUAAUCCCUAUAGAAUCAGGACAUAUUGGAAUUUCUGUUCUGAAUAUCUAAAAGAUUGGUUUCAGGGCCACAGCACAACAAUUUAAGUUGGUUACUCGUUCUGUUUGGGAGGAAUUAUGUCCAAGACACCCCUAAACAAAUGAGAAGUGAUUUAAAAGACUAUUUUUAGUUAACAGAUUAUUAUGGUAAAUUACGACAGAUGGUGAAUAUUGAAGCCUGUGAAUAAUAACAACCAAGUGGCCUUCUUUGAGCACCUCCUUUGGAGUGGGAGAGGCUGGACUUUGCAGAUAGAGGGAUACGAACGAUUUAGCAGGCAAAAUACGAACUCUCAUGAGUGUGGUGUAGUUUUCAGAAAGAAAUUGUGCAUCUGAAAAAAAAAAAAAGAUGCAACAAGAAUAUUAAAGAAUAGACAAUAAUUUUUACUUCAUAUUAUAAAUCAUUUUCUUUGUUUUCCAUGAUGUUUUAUACUAGAUGUAGUGAAGGACUUUAAGAAUCAAGUUAUUAUUGAAUCUCUUACAAAACAAAGCCCAAUAAAUAUGUCAAUAUAUGGCUAAUUCGAAUAAACCAAGAUUCCCCACUAGUUGAUGGAUGGUACACAUCUGGUAGAAUGUCUGAUGUCUUCUUAACAGGAAUCAGAGAUAAGCGAUGUUUUUACUCAGCCUGCACAGAAUAUGUAUUUUGCAUCAUAAACCUAUAAAAAAGGUUUUAAAUGUUUACGUACUUAUGUAUUACAUACUUGUUACUUUGUAAAAAACAGAACAGCAUUCCUUAUCAAGGUACAUUCUUUUUCAGCUGCAGUACUGAGUGAGCUUUUUUUUGGAUGGGAUAGUAACCACACAGUCUUAAAUCACUAAAGAGACUGUAUUUUUGUAUAAUGUCAAUUGAACUAUGAAGGAAAAAA